AAGUCAUUUUACAAGGGAGUGAAACAUCAAACAGAUAAAAUAGAAGUCAUUUUUGUACUCUUCAAAUUUGAAACCAUCAUUUCGUUCCUAUUAUUCAUCGACGAUCGAUUUUGAUUCUCGAAAUUAUUUCCAAAAAAUUGCUAAUUUGUUCAUGAGUUGACUCGAUCCUGACGAACUUUUCGCUCAAUCAUUAAACACUUAAGGGAUUACUGAAAUAUAGAAGUUGGUAAGAUCAAAGAUGGUGUUGGUAUUGGCAAUUGGGGAUUUACAUAUUCCGCAUAGGGCACCUGAUCUACCUGCUAAGUUCAAAUCUAUGCUUGUUCCUGGCAAGAUUCAGCACAUUAUUUGCACUGGUAAUCUCUGUAUCAAAGAAAUUCAUGAUUAUCUGAAGAGCCUGUGUCCUAGUUUGCAUAUAACUCGAGGCGAAUAUGAUGAAGAUUCUCGUUACCCAGAGACCAAAACAAUUACUAUAGGCCAAUUUAAGAUCGGAUUGUGUCAUGGUCAUCAGGUUGUUCCAUGGGGGGAUUUGGAUUCGUUAGCCAUGCUUCAAAGACAACUAGAUGUUGACAUCUUGGUUACUGGUCAUACUCAUCAGUUCAAGGCUUACAAACACGAGGCUGGUGUGGUCAUAAACCCUGGUUCAGCCACUGGUGCAUACAGCAGCAUCACGUAUGAUGUGAACCCGAGUUUUGUUCUGAUGGACAUUGAUGGCUUACGCGUUGUUGUCUAUGUUUAUGAACUCAUUGACGGAGAAGUAAAAGUGGACAAGAUUGACUUCAAGAAAACACCCACAGCCACUAUAUAAUAAUUCCAUUUGCUGAUUGGAUAUCCUUUUGUUGUCGUUGCUGUUGCUGCUGCUAACUUUUUUAGGCUCUCGUUUGGUUUUCUUUCCUUAAGCUUUUUCUGAACCUUGUUUCAUUAUGUGUAUGUGAACUCUUCUUUCGUCACUUUUUUUUUUGUAAGGUAGUUAAAGUUAUAAAUGAAUGUUCAUCGAAUUUGGAUGGUUGGUUGUGUAGUUGGAACUGUGACCCGUUGCAGUUUAUGCGUA